AUGCCCACGAGUAUCUACCUUCUCGCGUCGGUUGCAGCGCUCGCUGGCUCGCACCUGGCACAUGCGCAAACCAAUAUCACGUCCAAUGUCUGUGCCGACUCGUCGAGCUUUUCGAAAUGCAAUGGCAACGUUGCCAGCAAGUGGCGCUCCUGUGUGAAUGACUGCAAUGGAAAUGGCAACUGUAUCGUGGACUGUGGCUGUAGUUCGCACCAGGAUUAUAUCAAUUGCAUGGCGCAGUCGUGCUGGAACCAGGUGUAUUCAUGCGAAUACCAGCUCUUCGUCCAGCAGUACUUCGCCGUCUGCCCCAGCGCCGUUGAACCGAUUCCGUUCUGGCCGGCGCCAGACAAUGCGCCGCAUCGCUGCUCGUGCAGUCUGGGAAAGGUGCUCCAGACAACACUGAGCGCGCGCAAAGAGCAGCUCUCUUGCAUGCGCAACGUCACCGAUCGAACGAAAACCGACCUGUCCGAUCUGCCCAACCUGCCCGACCUAGGCAAUGGCCUGGACAUCGCCAAGCGAGCCUCUGAAUGCGCCUGCUGCGGCGCCAGUGCCAGUAUCUCCGCUGCCUGGGAAGUAUGCCCCCACACCGAACCCAGACUCGCAGGCGCCGAUCUCUGGCCACUCUUCUUCCCCAACGACUUCCCAAACCUAUACACCUCCGUCCCGCACUGGGCCUGGUCCUCAUGCGACAAGACCAUCGACGCAUCCAGCUGCAAGAAGAUCGGCUUCUCUGACGCAACCGACAAGUUCUACAAGCCGGGCGACCUGCCCGCCAACGGCACCUCGAAGCUGCACAACAUCGAGGGCACGGUCACGGCCCCGCCCAGCGGCACUGUGCUGACCUGGUCGCAGUCCUCUACGACGCAUACCGUUACGGCUACCGGGUAUGAUAAGAAGGCUGUUGCUAGCCAGAGUGAGUUCCGGGCCACGGCGACGGGGGCUGAGGCGUUGUUCCCGUCGCAGACAAAUAGUAAUGGUGCGGGUGGGUUGCGGCCCUGGGGUGCUGCUGCUGGUAUGGUUGUUGGGGCUGUGGUUGUGGGGUUGGUUGCUCUGUAA